AUGGAAGCUUUAAGUGAUCCACUAAACAACAGGGCAAUCAAAGAAAUAAAGCCGCCACCUCAUCGGCCUUUAUCAACAGAAUUGUUGUUUCCUCAGAAUAAUAAUGGAAAGCCUUCAUGAAAAGUAUUAAGAGAGCAUUAUCAAAGGGAAGGCUGCCUUUAUAAAGCUGAUGUUCUUAAAAUUGUUGAGCUGGCAAUAAAUAUAUUAAAAGAUGAACCAAACUUGCUAGCUCUGCAAGAUCCAGUAACUAUUGUAGGCGAUAUUCAUGGGCAAUACUUUGAUUUACUUAAAAUGUUUUCUAUAGGAGGAAACCCUGAGACAACAAAAUAUUUAUUUUUAGGUGACUAUGUUGACAGAGGUUCAUUUUCAUUGGAAGUAAUAAUAUACCUAUUUUCUCUGAAAAUUAAUUUUCCGAAUACCCUAUUCUUAAUUAGAGGAAACCAUGAAUGCCGACAGAUGACUUCAUUUUUUAAUUUUAGACAGGAAUGCUUAUAUAAGUAUGAUGCAGAAGUUUAUGAUUGAAUUAUGGAUAGCAUGGACUGCUUACCUUUGGCGUGUAUUGUAAAUAAAAAAUUUUUGAAUGUGCACGGUGGCUUAUCUCCAGAAUUGAGAAGUAUUGAUGACAUAACCCGAAUAAAUAGAUUUAUUGAAACACCAAGGCAUGGUGCAUUCUGUGAUCUUUUAUGGUCAGAUCCCAUUGAUCAUCCAGAAGGAAGACUAAUUGAAGGGUUUCGAAACAAUGAUGUGAGAGGGUGCAGCUAUUUUUUUGGACAAGAAGUAACAAAUAAAUUCCUAAAGGACAAUGAGAUGAUUUCCCUUAUAAGAGCUCACGAAGUCCAGCUAGAUGGCUAUAAAAUGCACCGGUGAAAUGGUACAAGUGAAUUUCCUUCAGUAAUUACUAUAUUUUCAGCUCCAAAUUAUUGUGAUUUAUAUGGAAAUAAAGCAGCUAUAAUAAAAUUUGACAAUAAUACGUUGAAUAUACAGCAAUAUAAUUAUACCCAGCAUCCGUAUUUAUUGCCGAAUUUUAUGGAUGUUUUUGAAUGAAGCAUUCCUUUUGUGAUAGAAAAGGUGAUGGAAAUGCUGAUGACUGUGAUUAAAAUAAAGCCGAAUGAUGAUAUUGAUAAUGAAUAUUUUGAGUCAAGAUUAAAAGAACUAGAGGAAAGCGUUAGAGAAAAUAGAAAAACUCAAUUAGUGAAUAAAGUCAAGAGUGUUUCACGAAUGCUAAAAAUACUCAAAACAGUGAGAGAAGAACAUGAAACUAUUAUAAAACUGAAAGGGAUGUGCCCAGACAAUAAAAUUCCAAAGGAUGUGAUAAUGGCUGGGCAAAGUGCAUUACACAAUACUGUUGAUAAUUUUACUGGAAUCAGGUCAGUUGAUAUUGUUAAUGAAAAGAGGCCUGAGUAA